GAAGGAGAUUAUCGAAGAAAAUUGAUAAAGCUUAGCUGAGAUCUACGAGAAGAAAGUUAAGGAUGAUGAAGUUUAUGUUGGAACCGUCGGCGUUCUGUGCAUCAUCUGGAGAAAACAUCAUCAUCGUCGCCAUGGAUACAAAACGCGGCGAAGCAGGCAUGGACGCCUUGAACUGGGCGAUCAACAACGUUGUUAGACCCAAAGACAGACUGGUGGUUCUUGGGGUCUUGUCUGAAGUUGGGAAGAAGACUUCUUCCUCCCUUUGCUUCCCUUUCCAUGUCGGAAUCGGAUCCAAGACCUGGUUAAACUUGGACUUCCAAGGACAAGCAGAAACGAGUCCCAGAGUGAUCAAGGCGGAGAUUGACAGAAAGAGAGAAGAAUAUCAGCGCAUUCUGCAGCCAUAUUACAGACAUUGCAACAGAAUUGAAGUUAAUCUUGAUUUCACUCUUGCGGCAGGAUAUGAUCCUAGGCAGAUAACAAUUGAAGAAGCCCACAAAUUGAAUCCACGCUGGAUAGUUUUGGACAGUUUUCUGAAGAAAGAGAAAGUGUAUAUAUAUGGGCACGUAGCCUGCAACAUAGCAGUAAUGAAGAGCAAAGGCCUAGCGACAUUGAUGCCGCUGCGAACUCCAGAGCACAAUGAACAAUGGUGGAACAAUAAUGAUGAAUAUCAACGUCCAGAAGAACACAAAGAAUCCGAGCAAGAAGAUAAAGUAGCCAACAACCACGAAGACCAAGAAAGCUCUGAUCAAGAAGAAGAAGAAGAAGAAGAAGAAGUUUCUGAUGAAUCCAGAAUGGGGUUUCCUCCGCCGACGCCAAAGAGCCCUUGUUGGCGGCCUCUCGCCUGGAGAAUGGGAUUUCCUCGGAUACUAUCCAUUGAAGAAAUCGAGAACAUGACGAACGGAUAUGACGACGAGAUCACCGUGUGCACCGAUCGCGGGAAACAUAGAGUUUAUGAAGGGAUCUUUCUGGGAACGCCUGUUAUGGUCAAACGUUUCCCCAAGGACAACGAUGAGUUCUGGUCGGUGUUGGAGAUCAUUUCCCAAGUCCGACAUCAUAGUAUUCUCGGCCUCAUCGGACACUGCUGCACCGAUGAAUCUAUGUUCUUAGUCUACGAUUUUCCUUGCAGCUACACUCUUGAAAUCAACCUGCUAGAUGAUGAGUGCAGUAAGAGAAUUCCAUGGAAAAUGAGGUGGAAUGUGGCGCUAGAAAUAGGCGCCGGCCUUCGCUAUCUUCAAGAGGAAUGCGAGAAUGGGCCUGUUGUAGACAUCUCCAUUUCUUCCUCUCAAAUUGUAAUCUUUCAUGGUUCUUCUGCAAUGUUAUGCAUAGUGAAUAGAGCAAGGUUGCUGAAGGAUGGCACCGCAAAUCAGAAUGAAGAUUUGUCAGCUAAAUGCGGUGAAGAUCAUAGAGAACAGAGCAAACACAUUUUGGCUGACAUUCGUGGUUAUGGGAGGUUCCUCAUAGAGCUCAUAACAGGAAAGACAGACAAGUAUCUCCAGGAGGAAGAUGAUGAUGAUGAUGGCCACCAUUCAUCUUUUGAUUGGGCAAUACCAUUUCUUGAAGAUGAAGAUGCACUAAGGAAGGUGAUGGACAGCAGACUGGUGCUAGAUAGCAGCGAUGAUAGAUUGGUUGUGAAUAUGGCAAGAGCUGCAUUGCUUUGUCUAAAGAGCGAUUUCGACGACAGGCUUACUAUGAGCAAGGUGUUAGCUGUGGUGAGAGGUGACCAGGAUGGAACCACAGUGCUAAGCCUAUGAAAGGAGAAUUGAAGAUUGUUAUUCUUAUCGGGUCAAUUGUUCCCUUCUGAGCUUGAGGAAUAAAUGUUGGAAUUGAACUUAUUGAAAUUAUAUUGGAUCUCUUAGGUA